AUCGCGCUUAGAGAGCGGAGAAUCUAUCAACGAUCAGAGAUGGCCGGUACCGUGGCCGUGGUCUUCGGUGGCUCCCGAGGAAUCGGAAAGGCAUGUGUUCAGGAGUUAUUGCGAAAAGGUUGGCCCACAGUCGCCAUCGGCCGAAACCCCGAAAAUCUCAGAUCGCUGGGAGCUGAGUUGAACUCUCCAAACCUACAUUGCUACGAAUGCGACGUGAGCAACGAGGCCAAAGUCGUCGAGACUAUUAAACACCUAGAAACGUCCGUCGGUCCCAUACAGGUUCUCGUGAACAGUGCCGGUAUCGCCUUGAAUAAACUGCUGGUUCAAACAUCCACCGAAGAAAUCCAAUCGGUUAUCAACACCAAUCUGCUCGGGACAAUGUUCGCCUCGAAAGCCACAGUUCGCUACAUGAUAAAACGGAACUCCGGAUCUAUCAUCAACAUCGCAAGCGUUAUCGGACUCCACGGGAAUUUCGGUCAGACGGCCUAUUGCGCUGCGAAAGCAGGUGUUGUCGGAUUCACUAAAUCUUUGGCGAGAGAGGUGGCGGCGAGGAAUAUCCGAGUCAACAUGGUUUCGCCGGGUAUCAUCGCGACGGACAUGACGGCUCAUCUCAAGACGGCAGCCAUCGAACAGAAAACCCCCCUGGGCAGACUCGGUCAGCCACAGGACAUCGCCCCGCUCGUCGCUUUCCUAGCCGAGAAAGGGACCUAUAUCACCGGACAAGACAUCAUGGUCGACGGCGGACUUGGCUUGAAAUUCUAGGUGCUUAGGGAAUAAAAUUGAGAAAGUAGUGUUUUUU